CGUGAGUUCAGACUCUGACCCUGGAGCUACUGCAUUUGCUCUGCUGCAGUGAUGAACUCAGCCUAGCAAAGUCUCUUUCUGGUCAUGUUAGCGGAAGUCUCAUUUCAGCCCAUCUGUUCGCACGUUGCUCGUUGGAAGGUGCUGGAGCCAAAGAUGUUAAAGAUUUGGUGCAUUUUCUUCUCCUGUGGUUGGCUGGCUACGUCUCAAAGAACAGAUGCCCCUGGGGCCAUCCUGAAGAUUGAUCUUGGAACAAUAGAUCGCGCUGUCUCCGAUGCAAUGACUGAGAGCGACAUUCUUCAGAAACUGGCAGCAGCUGCAACUAAAAAGCAGCCAGAUGUCAAACCCAUCAAGGGCAUUUCAGGGGUCAAAGUUAAAGAUUUUCAGCCCCCUGAGAUAACACUGACAUUCUUACCAGGGACUGGGCUCUUCAUGGCUGUAUUAAUUCGCAUAACCAUCACUGGGAAGAGCAUCCGUUCUGGCUCCUCUGCAGAGGCACAGAGCAUUGAUCUGAUGGAGAACCGUCUCUUCCAGAGGAGCAGCUCUCACCACUCCGGCAUUCGGCAUUGCCUGCCUCUCUCACCAGCUCAGCAUGCGUGGGCCAGUGUGGCUAUAGCGUUAGCGCUACGUCCCUAG